CGAAAAAACACAGGUUACUUGCUGCUAGCAUUAGCAUAGCACAUGCAGGAUAACAUUGGAAGUUUGUUACAUUACAGGUUAGGCUACGCGGGCUUUGAUUUGAAGAUGAUCUAACACAGGUUAUCAAUGAAGAGACAGGAUGAGCAGAGAUCAUAGACACAUUGAAAUGGACCUGGCUUUAGGAUCAUCAAAGCCUUAUGGAUCAUCUAGAAGUAUCAUCAGAAGGAUCGCCACAAGUCUUCCCCUGGCACCUUGCCCUCGUGUCCACUUUCAGCUUCAUCCAUUCGCUCCUGGAGCGGGUUUCCUGAACAUUUCAGAUGGACAUGUGGCCACAUUUGCUGAUGUGGGCUGGAUUGAUAGAGAAGAGAGUGAUGUGGCUGGUGGAAAUAGGUUUGAGGCCAAUUCUGGCUUGUUGUUACGCACCCAGCAGCGCAGACCCCUAAGACGACAGCGAUCAUUGCCCAGCCUGCAUCAGACCGAACCAGCGUCACAGAGUCAGACGAUCAUCAACGAUGAAGCCAUUCAGAAGAUCAGCGUUCUCGAGUCAGAGCUGGCCAAACUCAGACAACAAAUCGCACAGAUAGUUUUAGCACAGGAGCAAAGCGCACAAUCUGCAGCUCCAGCUCCAGGUGGUCCUCCCUUACCCCCGACUUCUUCACCCAUGACUCCCAUCCCACCACCGCCCCCUCCACCACCUCCUCCUCCGUGCCCCGCCCCUGGCAUACAGAGAAGCUAUUCUGCCAUUGACCUCAUAAGAGAGCGCCGUGGAAAGAAGGUGGGACAGAACACAGUACUGGACCCUGAACCUAAAAAGCCAGAACCCCUAAAUAUGUUAGAUGUGCUGAAAGACAUGGGUAAAGUGAAGCUACGCUCUGUUAAAAGUCUUUCAGAGGAUGGCAACACUAAACCCAAGCCCAUUGAACCAACAGAUGCCGCAGCUCUGAUCGCAGAGGCCCUAAAACGCAAAUUUGCUCACCGUUACCGUAGCGACAGUGAGUGUGACAGCAGUUUUAACCUGCCAGCCCCCGGAAAUAAGCCUGGUGUAGAAACACCACUGUUUGGACAGCACAUGUUAAAAUCAACUGGAAGGAAAAAUCUUUACUAGGAUGGUUACUGAAGGGACUAUUCCUGUUAGCAGGUUAACCAGAUGACUUUUCAGAAAUAUUGCAGGUUCAAAUAUAUGAGCAUGCAUGUGUCAAAACACUAUGUAGUCAGUCUGGUUUUCCCUGUUGGACAUUAGCAGUUUUUGUGAUUUUGCACUUUGAAGACAUUGUCUCUGUCAGUUUGUGUUGUACUACAGUGGACCCAAGUUAUCACUAAUGCAAGUUGUAUGUAAAAUUAUAUGCAUGUAAGGUUUUAUUUGUUUUUAGUUGAAUGUGUUUAAGGUCAACAAUGCAAGUACCUAAACUUGUACAUUUCUAAUUUUAAGGGAUAAUAAUUGAACAUCAGCACCAAAGCUUUUGAAUAUUUCUAGUUACCGUUUUUUGUAUUCACAACCCUUGUUGGUACCAAAAAUGUUUUUUUAAAGGUACAAUUUAUAAGAAAAGUUCUUUAUAUUAAGACAUUAAUAUUAAGUCUGAAUGCUGCUCCUGUCACACUACCCUUAACAGUGUGCCUGAAACAAUUAUGAACAGUAAGUUAAUUAUAAAUAACCCGUAGAAGGUGCUGUUUAACCUUGAAGUUUGUUUUUAGCUGCAGUGUUUUAAUUUAAAAUGCAUUGUUUAGAUUUAAUUUAUUUUAGAGCAUUUGUUUUAUUUAACAAAUCACUUGAAUAAUGUAGUUACUUUUAUGUAAAACUGGAUGUGCACAGGUUACCAGUAUCCAUAACGCUUGCUAUCUCUGCAGUCACUUUACAAUAUCAUAAGAAAUUUUGGACCGUGUUUGUACUUUUUUUAGUUUGCACAUUUAAACAAAAUAUUAGUUUAUCAACAUGCCCUUAUGGCGAGUAAAAGCCAUUGCAUUUGUAUUAUAUAAAAGCUUUUGUAGAUUGGAAUAACACGUAACACCUGAUGGUUACAGCACAUAGUAACAGUACCUCAAAAUUUAAGGGAGUUUUUUUUUUUCAUUUAUGUACUAAGAUGACAGACACAUGUUUUCACACUACAUACAUCCGUUUGAAUGGACUUUCA